GACAACCAGCUCCAUUGUUAUUGCAAUAUGGCACAAAAGAUUCCACUGACUCCGUUUUCUCAUCCACCUAUGGAGGAAGCUCAUAACGAAACCAUCGCCACCACCAACUUCUCCGGCGAUCUGUACGCUCAUUAUCAAAUCGCCAAUCAAAAUUCUCGUGAAUUACCAAAACCCGACGUUCAAAUUAUCACAUCCGGCGGAAUACGCAUUCCGGCUCACAGUAGUGUCCUGGCCUCCGUAUCAUCAGUACUGGAGAAUAUCAUUGAGAGGCCACGCAAACAUAGCAGCUCCGAGAGAAUUAUUCCUAUCCUUGGCGUUCCUUGCGACGCCGUUGCGGCGUUCGUUGGGUUCAUAUAUUCCUUCAGGUGCGGUGAGGAGGAGCUGGAGAAGUAUGGGAUCCAUCUACUGGCAUUAUCCCACGUUUACCUGGUCCCCAAUCUGAAGCAGAGAUGCGCCAAGGCUGUGGGUGAACUAUUGACUAUUGAGAAUGUGGUGGACGUGCUUCAAUUGGCAAGGCUCUGCGAUGCGCCUGAUCUUUACCUCAAAUGCAUGAAGUUUGUCUCUGGCCAUUUCAAGGCUGUAGAAAAGACUGAAGGCUGGAAGUUCAUGCAAAAUCAUGACCCAUGGCUGGAGCUCGAGAUUCUCCAAUUCAUCGAUGAAGCUGAAUCGAGGAAAAAGAGAACAAGGCGGCAUAGGGAGGAGCAGAGCUUGUACAUGGAGCUGAGUGUAGCAAUGGACUGCUUAGAGCACAUAUGCACCGAAGGGUGCAUGAGCGUCGGGCCGUAUGACAUGCAGCCCACCAAGAAAAGAGGCCCGUGCAGCAAGUUCUCCACGUGUCAAGGUAUCCAGCUUUUGAUCAAGCACUUCGCCGCCUGUAGGAAUCGGGUUAAUGGAGGGUGCUUCCGUUGUAAGCGGAUGUGGCAGCUACUAAGGCUUCACUCUUCCAUGUGUGACCAGCUCGAGUCUUGCAAAGUUCCUCUCUGCAGGCAAUUCAAAUUAAAAAUGCAACAAGAGAAAAAGGGAGAUGAUGCACCAUGGAGGUUAUUGGUAAAGAAGGUAGUGUCAGCCAGAGUUAUGUCUUCUCUCAAACUGCUCAAGCGGAAGAGAAGAGCAACUGAGGGAGACAAUACAGGACCAUGGGAUUAGGACCUUCAGAUUAUAAUUCAACAAGAAGCGGCAUGGUGCAGCGAGAUUCAUUAUAAUAUGUGUUCUUUUUGUGGAUAUAGCAUUUGGGUUAGUCCUUUGCACUCCGUUUGGUUUUAUUCAGAGUCUGUGAAGAAGUAGAAGAAAGUGUCUAUUAGAUAAUGAAGUUGAGUGAAGUAUUCUGUAUAUAAAGGAAAAGGUAGUAAUACAAUUUUCUUUUUAAAUGCAAAGUAGCUGAUCAUAAUUUGCCCUUCA